AUGUUAGUUUUUAAAUAAACCCAUAAAUGGGUCCAGCGUACACAUAUUUAUAAAAGAAACUGCACAUAUAUAUAGUAGUAUUGCGUUCUUGGAUUCUAUAUAAAUAAUAAUACUUGGUCUAACUUGUGGAAAGUUAAUUAUUUCCCACUUUAUCUCCUUCUCUCUCUCCUUUCUUCGUGGGAAUAGAUAUUUGAUUCUUGGAAAGAAAAACACAGUUUCAAAUAGCUUUGAUUCCAGCUCCAUUCCAUACUUGCAUCUAAUUCUCCUACAUUAGCCUUUUCUUCUUUAUUAUUCGACAAUUCCUUAAUCCACAUGUUGUUACAGAUAUAGAAAUCUUCAAGAAGUAGCUAUAAACACCCUUUGACCUUGUGUAUUUGUAACCCUAAAAACCAAGCCUUCAAGAAAAGCCGUCAAGGUAACACUUGAUCUUUCUUUGAGGGAGUUUUCAAAAUUUUCAGCGAUUAUGUCAAACCCUUGGUGGACCAACCAAAGUGGUUUAGCCGGCAUGGUCGACCACUCAGCCACCUCCGACCAUCACCACCAAAGUCUUCUCAGAAAAGGAGAUCUUGGUAUAGCUAUGAAUCUGAGCCAAGAAAACGACCAAGAAGACGAAGACGACCCUAGAGAAGGAGCGGUCGAAGUGGUCAACCGUAGACCAAGAGGAAGACCACCAGGAUCCAAAAACAAACCCAAGGCUCCAGUCUUUGUGACAAGAGAUAGCCCCAACGCACUCCAUAGCCAUGUCAUGGAGAUCUCGGACGGUAGCGACGUUGCCGACACAAUAGCUCACUUCUCAAGACGUAGGCAACGCGGCGUUUGCGUUUUAAGCGGAACAGGCUCAGUAGCUAACGUCACCCUCCGUCAAGCGGCUGCACCAGGAGGGGUCGUCUCACUCCAGGGAAGGUUUGAGAUCUUAUCUUUAACCGGCGCUUUCCUUCCUGGACCUGCCCCACCCGGAUCAACUGGCUUAACAGUUUACUUAGCCGGGGUCCAAGGGCAGGUUCUUGGAGGUAGCGUUGUGGGCCCUCUUGUGGCCAUAGGGUCAGUGAUGGUUAUUGCUGCCACUUUCUCUAACGCUACUUAUGAGAGGUUGCCUAUUGAAGAAGAGGAAGACGGUGGUGGUGGAGGUGGCGGCUCAAGACAGGUUCAUGGAGGCGGAGACUCGCCGCCCGGGACCGGGAGUAGCCUGCCUGAUCCGUCGGGGAUGGCUGGACCCGUGGGCUAUAAUUUACCGCCGCAUCUGAUUCCAAAUGGAGCUGGUCAGCUAGGGCAUGAACCAUAUAAUUGGGUUCAUGCACGACCACCUUACUGACUCUGUGAGCCAUUUCUCUAUUCUAUAUAAAUAAUAAAUAUAGAGAUGGAUUUAAGUGAUUUGAGGCACAAUCUUGUGGUCUUUGCAAUAUUCUAAACCUUGUUGCUGGAAAUAAAAUAAAUAACAAAGCUUGUUCUUAUUGGAAACAUAAGGCCUGGAACGUAAAAACAUACGGGGGACGAAGGGACUAUCGGAUUUCAAUGAAUAAACAAUGUAAUCAAAUUAGAAUAUUUGUCAUUUUAUUUUUGGUUGGGAGUAUUCAACUAGAAUAUUUGUACGUGUUUGCUUUUGUGAACUUUAGAUACUUUACAUUUUGAUUUGCACAAAAUCAUAAGUUUGUAUACAUAUAUAUAUAUAUAUAUAGACAAUUAUGGUUCAACGAUGAAAGAGUAUCGAAA